AUGCCUCGAGCUCCACGUCCGCCUCUGAAAGUUCCUGAUUCCUAUGCUUCGCUCCCUUGCCGUCAUAUCAGAGUCUCCCACGUCCCAGCCUCGUCUCCAACUCCGACACCGGUGAUUUUGAUCACUUUGAACAGACCAGAGAAACACAAUGCUUUCACAGAUGUUAUGCGAGAAGACCUGGAGCGGGUAUACGAGCUCCUGGACAUUGAUGAGCGUGUCAAGGUAGUUGUCUUGACUGGCGCAGGAAGGAGCUAUUGCGCAGGAGCGGAUCUCGAGAUUGGGUUCUUGGGAGCCAGGGAUGAGAAGGGAGAAAUCAAGAACCCGAAAACAGAACGCGACGUAGAUCACAGAGACGGUGGUGGACGAGUUUCUUUGGCGAUACACCAUUGCUCAAAACCGACGAUCGCGGCCAUCCAAGGCGCGGCCGUUGGCGUCGGUAUCACCAUGUGCUUGCCGGCCUGUAUACGGAUCGCAUAUGCCCAGGCCAAGGUCGGAUUCGUUUUCAGCAGACGGGGACUCAUCAUGGAGGCAUGCUCUUCUUACUUCCUCCCACGAUUGAUUGGUCAUUCAAGAGCACUACACCUGACCACUACGGGCAUGGUCUAUCCAGCGGACCAUCCCCUGUUCGGCACUCUCUUCUCGGAGACUUGUCCAACGCCAGAAGCGACUCUGUCACGAGCACUCGAGCUGGCGGAUGAGAUCGCUAAGAACACAUCGACGGUCUCGACCAAGAUGAUGAGAGAGCUCAUGUACAGAGGCCCAGACAGCGCUGAAGGUGCUCAUCUUCUCGACUCGAGGAUCAUCCAUGGCAUGUUUGGUAGCAAGGACAACAUUGAGGGAGUGGAGAGUUUCCUGCAGAAGAGACAGGCCAACUUUACCGGUCAGGUCCCUCGGAAUGCGCCGAACGGGUAUCCAUGGUGGCAGCAAAUUGAUAUUGGCGACAAGGGAGAGGACACACGAGCCAAAUCAAAGCUAUAG